ACCAUUCAUCAUAGUUACCACUUAUCUGUGGUUAUAAAUUUAUUGUCUUAAAAUAUCCUUGCCAUUCUAACAUUCUGUACCCCAGAGUAGCUAAAGUGAUUGUGUACAGAAACUGGUGAAUAGCACAGAAAACAGUGAGGAAAGAGUUCUGAGUAGUACAGGGCUUGGAUUUGUUACAACCGAGCAAUAUAGCUGAAGGUACUGGGGUAUUAGGUCCUUAACUGUGAACAGUUAUGAAUUUGUCGACUUUACCUGUGAGUUUCUUGAAUUCAAAACACAAACACAGUGCUGGGUGCUUCUUAUUUGUUUCCUUUUAGCAGUUCUCUUUUCUUUUUCCAAAAGCUGUCUCAGGUACAUGAAGCCACAGAAUCUAACGGGUGUCUCAGAAUUCCUCCUCCUGGGCCUCUCUGAGGAUCCAGAAUGGCAGCCCCUCCUCUUUGGGCUGUUCCUGUCCAUGUACCUGAUCACUGUGACUGGGAACCUGCUCAUCAUCCUGGUUGUCACCUCUGACUCCCGUCUCCACACCCCCAUGUACUUCUUCCUCUCUAACCUGUCCUUAGCUGACAUCGGUUUCAUUUCCACCACAGUCCCAAAGAUGUUAGUGAACAUCAAGACUCAGAGCAAAUCCAUCAUGUAUGAGGGCUGCCUGACACAGGUGUCCUUUUUUUAUCUCUUUGGAUGUUUGGACAAUGUGCUCCUCACCACAAUGGCUUAUGACCGGUUCAUGGCUAUCUGUCAUCCCCUGCACUACACAGUCAUCAUGAACCCCCAUCUCUGUGGCUUACUAGUUUUGGUGUCUUUUUUCAUCAGUCUUUUGCAGUCCCAACUACAAGUUUCAAUGGUGUCACAACUUAACUUCUGCACAGAUGUGGAAAUCCCUCAUUUCUUCUGUGACCCUCCUCAACUCAUUAACCUUGCCUGUUCAGACACCUCCACAAAUAUCAUACUACUUUAUUGUAUGGGUGCCAUCUUUGGUGGUGUUCCAAUCACAGGGAUCCUUUUCUCUUACACUAGAAUUGUUUCCUCUAUUCUAAGAGUCUCAUCUUCAGGUGGGAAGUAUAAAGCCUUUUCCACCUGUGGCUCUCACCUGUCAGUCGUUUGUUUAUUUUAUGGAACAAGCCUUGGAGUGUACCUCAGUUCAGCUGUCUCAUCUUCUGCCAAGAAGGGUGCUGUGGCCUCAGUGAUGUACACUGUGGUCACACCCAUGCUAAACCCCUUCAUCUACAGCCUGAGGAACAGGGACAUCAAGAGAGCCCUGCAGAGGAUCCUCAGCAGAACUACCUAAUGUUAAUCCUUGUGCCAUCUUUUUGAGUGUGUGAGUUGGAAAAGACGGCAAAACCAAACAUCUACAACCAGAAAUCUUGCCUCUUUGGUUACAUGAUUUUUGUAGCUCUCAUCGGUUCUAAUCUUAAGAAUUUGUAUCUGAAGAUUGCUUCCUUUUUCAUGUGUUUAAUCGGAUAGUGGUAGUAUUCUGGGGUAUGGCAGUCUGCAUGACCAAAUCCCAUUAUAGCUAUAGAACCUUCUGUAGCUUCUAAUAUGUCACCCAGGCUUCCUGGUAAAAUGCAGAAAUCUAUUUUUAUGUG